AUGCUGCUUACACAUUCAUCAUACAGCCUGGUCAGGUCUCUGGAAGCCCGGGUGGCAGAGUUGGAAGCACAAGUGCGCGCAUAUCGAGAUGUUCCCCAGAAUAUGCCCUAUCUGAUGGCCUCUGAAAUCUCACAAGCCACACUAUCGUUUGGCAUACCCUCUUCGCGCUCGUAUCUGCGAUCCCGGCUUUCUGCUGCUCUCAUCUUUCGUCCAUCUUGCCCCCCGCUCGCUCUGGUAAGAGAAAGAGAGCACGAUGCCUCAGAGAAAGAGAAUCCCGCGCCAACACCUAACAUACAUCGCGAGCUGAGUGGCACGACGACGCAGAGCAAGCAGACUCUUCUCAACCUAAACAGUGUCCCCAUCUCGGCGAUUAGGCGGAUGGUGCAAAACUACGCCGACAUUAUCUUACCUCAAUAUCCUUGUGUCUCCGAGACAGCAUUACAUGAGAUUGUGGAAAGUCUUCAGAACGAGGAACUCAGAGACACCAACAGCGUCCUGGUGUACGGCAUCCCUCCUACUUCAAGACUGGGGCAUUUUGAGUAUUUCAUCUUCUUCAUUGUCUUGGCUAUCUCGGCCAUAACAUUGACCUGGAAGGCGGAGGACCAAGCACGUACGGCGUCAGAGUCGUUCUACAACUCUGCCCUACGCCAUCUGCAAGCCUUGAACAAUCCCGACGACAUGCAAGCUCUUCAAGUCUCUUUGCUGCUAGCACACUACGCUCAGAUGUCCCCGGAGAGGGCGGACAACUGGACCUGCAUAGCCAAUGCCGUCCGAAUAGUUCUCGAUCUGGGCCUGCACAGACAAUCGCCGGACUGGUUCACAACUGAGCAAAUCAGUAUGCGAUCCAGGCUCUUUUGGGUCAUAUAUGGCAUGGAACGGUCACUGUGUAGCAACCUUCGGUUACCAUUGUCGUUCCCAGAAGAGGCCAUUACGGCUACGUUUGAGGCGUCCGUUCCAGACGAGGCAGCGGUGUCUUCCACCACGCUUGAUGAGCUGGAACGCAAGUCAUCCGCCAACCAUAUCUAUCGUUACCGGGCUCUGGAGACAGAAGUGCACCGGGUCCUGCAUCUAGAAGACGACCUCUCGAUCUUCGGCCAGCCUGAUAUGGAUAGUUGGAUUCGAGACAUCUCCGAACGACUAGUCCUGUGGUACGAAAAAGCCCAGACAUAUACUCGAUACAACAUGCUCGAGUUCAAGCAGGUGCAAUAUCAUCACCUGAGAGCGCGCAUCCAUCGACCUACUCCACGACUCAGAGUCCGAAGUCCUGAAGACCGCCGGAUCGUGCUGGAAGCCUCCCUCAGACUGAUCGAAGACUACACGGGCCAGGUGCGGCGACGGCGCUUAUUCUAUCCAUGGCACGGAGUCCAUAUUCUUUUUGAAGCUGCUGUCAUUGCUCUUGAGGCCUGCUGGUCUUCUCGUGACUGGGAGCCAUUGAGGGCGCAGGCGAAAGAAAUGCUUCAAGAGUCCCUCCCCCAGUGCUUCCAGGCCUUGACGUAUAUCAGCAAGUGGUGGAACGAAGCUGCCGUCUGUGUCAACCGACUCGCUCCUCUGACAGAGAAGAUCGCCUCGGUUUUCGCCGGUGGAAACUCGAUGCUUCUCUCUUCUUAUGAGGACUCGUCGAUAACAGAGGAGAUCCAGAGAUUGUUGUUUUCUGACGGUCCCUUGACUUGGAAUCAGGCUCCACACGCCGACCCUCUCUGGGACAUUGACGACAAUUUCCCCAUAUUCGACAAUACUGCAUUUAAUGAUACAAACCUCUUCCAGUGGGAUCCAGAAUGGGAUUUCAUGCCAAUGAACGAUGAUUCAUCCCAAAUAUCACUGGAGGGGACAGUUUUGCCGGCCGCAGACGGAACGAUGCCUUAA